AUGGCUAAGAGUCGGACGAAGAAACGCACCCAUGUCGGCGCCAGCAAUCCCAAGUACAAGGCCCCUCUGGUAGGCCGCUCUGCUGUUCAAGAUCCCAAGAGCAUGGUCAUUCGUAUCGGCGCCGGCGAAGUUGGGUCAAGUAUCAGCCAAUUGGCAAGAGAUGUUCGUCAGGUUAUGGAACCUGGUACAGCUAGUCGUCUAAAAGAGCGUCGCGCAAACCGUCUAAGAGAUUAUAUAACUAUGACCGGUCCCUUAGGUGUCACUCACCUACUCUUAUUCUCUCGAUCCGAGUCUGGAAAUACGAAUCUACGUAUAGCCACUACCCCGCGUGGCCCUACCUUACAUUUCCGUGUCGAGAAAUACUCUCUUUGCAAAGAUAUACGCAAAACGCAGAGGCAUCCAAGAGGUGGAGGGAAAGAGUAUGACACAUCUCCAUUGUUGAUCAUGAAUAACAUCUCCACGCCAGGUGCAGACGCCAAUUCUAAAGUCCCCAAACACCUCGAGACCCUCACUACCACCGUAUUUCAGUCGCUUUUUCCCCGCAUUAACCCACAAACUACGCCCCUCAAAUCGAUAAGGAGAGUUCUACUUUUAAAUAGAGAGCCUGCUACGGACGAGGAUGAUGGUUCUUUUGUGCUCAACUUCCGGCACUAUGCUAUAUCUACCAAGCCUGCUGGAGUAUCUAAACAGCUCCGUAGACUCGACGCUGCUGAGAAGAUAUUUAGCGCCAAGAACCGGAAAGGCGGCGUCCCGAAUUUAGGAAAGCUGGAGGAUAUCUCCGAAUAUAUGAUAGGAGGCGAAAAUGGCGAGGGCUACGUGACGGACGGCACUAGUGGAAGCGAAAUGGACACGGACGCUGAGGUUGAGGUUUUAGAAGAUGCACCACGCAGAGUGCUCUCGAGCAAGGCUCGUGCGGCCAGGCUGGAAAGUGGAGAUACCCCCAUAGAGAGCGAUGAGAAGGUAGAGCGACGGCGCGUUACCCUAGUCGAACUCGGACCUCGUAUGAAAUUACGCAUGACGAAAGUUGAGGAAGGUCUGUGCUCUGGCAAGACGAUGUGGCACGAGCAUAUCCACAAGUCAAGACAGGAGAUACAAGAUCUCGAGCAGCGAUGGGAGAAGCGCAGAGAGGAGAAGGAAGCAAGGAGAAAGCAGCAGAAGGUCAACGUCGAGAAGAAAAAGAAGGAACGCGAAGCAAACGGCACUAAGAGCAAAAAGGAUGGAGCAGCCGGCGGUGAAGAUGAGGACGACGAGGACAUUGAAAUGAAUGGUUAUAACAGUGAUCUGUUUGACGAAAUGAUGGAGGAGGACGAGAUAGACAGUGAGGGAUUAGCAGGAGACGCGGAAGAAGCAAUCGGUGAUCAAAUGGAUGAAGACGAAUGGGAAGAUGAGAGAGAAGAGAUUGCGGAUGAAAACUAA